UGCCGCUCUCCCGCCUUUAAUUUGGCAUUCUUUGGUCUUUUUCCUAGUUUUUCUUGUGCUCUUUUCUAUCUAUGGUUGCAGUUCUAGAGAAUUUCCCCCAUUGCGGAGAGAGAGAGAGAGACAGGGAGAGAGUUCUUUGAUUCUUAUCGUGUGCGUCCGCCCUUUUUCUGCACUGUGAUUAAACGAGUCAUUGCUAGGCCUGCAGUCGAAACGGGCGUUGCUGCUACUCCACUUCUUGAGACCUUCAGUUACUGAACUCGAUAACUGGGCGCAUUUAUUUCCGAUUAGGAAGCUGGAAAGAACAACUUUUAUUGGUGGGAUUUUUUUUCUUUGUAGAUUCAAAAAACAGUUUUUCCUUGGUGCAGUUGUUUUUUAGGUUCAGAGAACAGUUUUUGGGGCGCAAAUGAGUUGCCAAGAAUUAGUGGUAAGUAUAUCCAGAUUGCAAAGUUGAGCGACAGCAAUCCCAAAUGUUCCACUAGUUUUUCUGUCGCUGCAGCUCACCAGCAUUUGCCACACACUGUAGAUUUUGAUCUUUUUGUUAGCUAAGUUUGUUAAAUUUGUGGUACAAUGGUGGAUCUGGUAACUGUACCAUAUAUGUCAGGCUGCUGUACUUGUACUACGGCAGCAAUUCACAAGGCGACACUGGUUUUCAUCAGUUGUUGGGGGAAUGGAAAGGUGUGAACUGUGAGCCCAUUGCAAAAUCUUGACCCUAGCAUUGGGUUUUGGAGGACUGACUACCCAGUGACCAGUACUCGAUUGUUCUCUGAAAUAAAAGUUGUGACCUUUUUAGGUUGAGAUUAAACAACUGUACAGUAAUCAAGAUCUUGUAGUCAGUAAACAAUGCUGCAAAGUAAAAACCCGUGCCUCUAGUUGCAUGUGCAGUCUCACUCCGGCUCAUUUUAGUCUCAUACACAAGCCUUUGCCACUGCCCUGCCUUCCUUAGUUCACAUUUUAGUUAGGCUAGAGUAUUCCAACUUUUUUUCUGCCUCGCCAAAAGAGUAUUCAGAAUUGCCUUUGUUUGUCCCACUUUCCUUUCACCUUUUUUAGUGGCAUUCUCUGAUCAAUUAGCUUUUUUAUAGUGGCCAUUGCCUUACGUGCUGCACCAUGGCGGACUGCAUGGGCGUAAGGCUGCCAAGUUUUUUUUAUCCUAAAUGCAAAGGAAAGUGGUUGUUAUGUUAAUUUGGCCGGUAAUGAUUAGCUCAAAGCUGCAAUCAUUUGGUGCUUGGGCUGCGAGCUUAAGCUUGUUGUGUUCCGCAGUUAACUUAACCUGUGUUUUCGCUGAGCUUACUUUGGUGUUUCAUUCAAGAAAUUCUUGAACGAUCUGAUUUACUCGUCAUUGAGGCGAGCAACCUAUAUGGUAGGUUAUUAUUAUUAUUUGUUUAAACAUACUUGUGUUAAGCGUACUUGGUGUUUCAUUCAAGAAAGUUAUGCAUGAUGUGAUGUGGCUCUCUUUGAGGCUAGAAUAGUUGUGCUUUAGCUCCUUUUUUGCAUUGUCUCUCCUCUUUCUCUGCUUUCAUUUAUGCCUUUUGGCUUUAAACACUGGCCCUACCAUUUCUGCUAUUUUUUGGGGCCUUUAAUUGCUUUCUUGGCGCAAAUUCUUGGCCAUUCUUUGGAAGUAGAAUUAGAAUCUUUGUCCCUAGUGUUGACUAGCUAUUGGUUUUUUUUAUUCCCGUGAUUUAACAUUGCUUCGUGGUAAGAGAGAAGAAUCUCUGUAGUAGUUUCAUGAAUGAGAAGGCUCGGUAAUGUGCUCGUCUGCUAGGCCCCUCGAAAAGGGAGAACAAGCAGGCUUCAUAGUUUACAGUUCACAUUGAGCAAUUUCGCAGGAUGACAACUUUCCCAGCAUUAUCUGGUUUGUUUGUGAAAAAGCAUUCUGCACUACUUCGGAAUGAGAGUUAUAUAAUUCUUAGGCUUUGAUGGAAUUUUUUUCCUUCGAAAGUACCUUGGUAUUUUCAUGCGUGAGCUCUCUUGUGGGCCUGUGGGGGUAAGUGCUUCCUCACUGUGGCUACCACAGCUCACAGGCACGCGUGCUUGCACAUAAGCACAUGGAGCUGUCAGCCGUGCUUCCAUCUGGGCUCAGCGCAUACAUACUUUCUUCAGAAAGGCUUGGUUAUUUCUCAGAUAUAAACGGGUGAUGUUGGUGCUCAUUUAGUCAUCUUGGUUCAGAGAUAUCAGCUAUGGAUCAUCUAAAUCAUGGAGGCUCUCUCCCUCUACUGCUCUGUCUACAUCUUUUGCUGCCACUAUUCGUCCCGUUUGCUAUGGCAGACCUAGCCUCUGAGAAGCAAGCACUUCUUGCUUUUGCCUCUGAAGUUUACCAUGGCAACAAGCUCAAUUGGGGCCAAAAUAUCUCACUGUGCUCAUGGCAUGGUGUGACAUGCUCACCGGAUCAAUCACGUAUAUCGGCGCUUAGGGUACCAGGUGCUGGUCUGAUUGGUGCCAUUCCUCCUAAUACUCUCGGCAGGCUUGUGUCCCUCCAAGUGUUAAGCCUGAGGUCUAAUCGUUUGAGUGGAAGUCUUCCAUCUGAUAUUACCUCACUUCCUUCUUUGAGUUCUAUAUUUCUUCAGCACAAUGAACUGUCAGGAGAUUUGCCUUCUUUUUUCUCUCCAAGCCUUAAUACACUUGACCUCUCCUACAACUCCUUCACAGGACAAAUCCCUACAGGUUUGCAGAAUCUUACCCAAUUAUCUGUCCUGGAUUUAGCAGAAAAUUCUCUGUCUGGCCCAAUCCCUGAUCUCAAACUUCCAAGCUUAAGGCAAUUAAACCUGAGCAACAAUGAACUGAAUGGCUCCAUUCCUCCCUUUCUCCAAAUAUUCUCAAAUAGCUCGUUCUUGGGGAACCCUGGAUUGUGUGGGCUGCCUCUUGCUGAAUGUUCCAUUCUUCCUUCACCGGAACCAGCACAAGUGCAUUCGCUUCCAUCAUCACCACCAACUUUGCCACAUGGUCAGAAGAAGGCAGGCAACGGCUUUAUAAUUGCGGUUGUUGUUGCGGGCUUUGUCAUAUUUCUGCUAGCUGCUGUGAUGUUCGCUGUGUGCUUUUCAAAGAGGAAGGAGAAAAAAGAAGCUGAAGUAGAUUACAACGGUAAGGGGACUGAUGGUGUAAGGAUUGGGAAGCGUAAAGAGGAUGUCAGUAGCAGCGUCCAAAUGGCUCAGAAAAACAAGUUGGUUUUCUUGGAGGAAUGCAGAUACAACUUCGACUUGGAGGAUUUACUGAGAGCUUCUGCAGAAGUUCUUGGCAAAGGGAGCUAUGGAACUGCCUACAAGGCUAUACUUGAGGAUGGAACUGUUGUGGUCGUCAAGAGGCUAAAAGAUGUUGUGGCAGGGAAGAAAGAAAUUGAGCAGCAGAUGGAGCUCAUAGGGAGGGUAGGCAAACAUGCAAACCUCGUACCGCUUCGUGCGUACUACUACUCAAAGGAUGAGAAGCUUGUUGUUCAUGAGUAUAUUGGUACUGGAAGCUUCUCAGUUUUGUUGCACGGUAUUAAGGGCGUUGCUGAGAAGACCACAUUAGAUUGGAAUACCAGGAUGAAGAUUAUACUUGGAACCGCACACGGUAUCGCGCAUAUUCAUACAGAAGGUGGCUCCAAGCUCGCCCAUGGCAAUAUCAAGUCAACAAAUGUCCUGCUUGAUCAUGACCACAAUCCUUAUGUCUCAGACUAUGGGCUGAGCGCUUUGAUGAGUUUUCCAAUCAGCACCUCCCGGGUCGUUGCCGGUUACCGCGCUCCGGAGACCUUUGAAUCCAGGAAAUUCACCCAUAAGUCUGACGUAUACAGCUUCGGUGUUCUCCUCAUGGAGAUGCUGACUGGCAAAGCCCCCCUUCAGUCUCAGGGACAGGAUGAUGUGGUCGAUCUACCAAGGUGGGUGCAUUCCGUGGUCCGAGAGGAGUGGACCGCCGAAGUGUUUGACGUUGAACUGAUGAAGUAUGAUAGCAUAGAAGAUGAGCUGGUCCAGAUGCUCCAUAUUGCCAUGGCGUGCACGUCAUGGUCUCCAGACCGACGCCCGGCAAUGGUGGAGGUGAUCAGGAUGUUGGAGGAGCUCCGGUGGUCUGCGUCAGAGACUCGUACUUCCUCCAAUGACAAUCCCAAGGAAUCAAACCCUCCAUCUGUGCAAUCCCUUGAUUCGGCGUGAAUAGCUGCGCUGUGUGAAUCGUCACAUUUCAGGCUAAUCUGCGACUCUGAUUCAUUCAGAAUUUCAUGUAUCCUGAGUUUCUGACAUUGAAAGCCUCCACUGUGUGGUCCUGAAGCUUGAGCACCUGUACCAUAUAGCAUUGUAUCAUUACAGCUGUUGCGCUGUCUAUGUGCAUGCCAAUUGCAAGUGUUAACGUUUCUUCU